CAAGAUUUCGGCUCGACCAGUGGCCCGGGGGGGCCGGGCCCGAGUGCUCCCCCACCCCUACCUUUUCGGCCAUAGUUGGCCCCUCAUGGCCAAGGACGAUGUGCACCCCAUCGACCGACCAUGGUCCCUGUGCCGGCUGCCGUCCCUCAUGUCUGUGGCCUGGCUCUGGCCCAUGUUGAGGGCUGGCAUGCACCACGCCUUGCAGGAGGAUGACGUGUGGCAUCUGCCGCGCCAACUCUCUGCAGCCCGGGUGGGCCCACAAGCAGUAGAUCUCUGGAGAGAGGAGUGCACUCUAGCCGCAGCGCGCCGGCGCAAGCCGCGGUUAUUGAGGACUUUGAUACGCCUCAGCUGGGUGUCUAGCGGCCUCUUCCUUGGGGUUAGCCUCUGCUGUGUCGGAGCAUAUGUUCUGGCGCCCCUCUGCCUGCGCGGGAUGUUGCACGAGCUCAAGCAGACCACGGCCUCGGCGCAGUCGCUGCUGCCCUGGGGCCUGGGCUUCAGCUUGUCCUUCGUACUCAUCUCCAUCUUCGUCGGCAUUUCCAAGGCGCAGGGCACCGUGGCUGCGGUGAAGAUGCGCGCAGCUCUGCAGAUGCUGGUCUUCGAGCACAGCCAGCGCUUGGCGGUCGAUCAGCUGGGGCAAAAGCACAACCCCAGCAACCUCAUGACCGUAGACGCGGAGCGGCCACACAUGGUCUUCGCCAUCUUGAUGCCGCACUCCUUUGUGCUAGUGCUGGUGCUCCCGGUUCUGUUGAUCACACAGGUGGGGGUGGUGCCAGCCGCCGCCUGUUUGCUGAGCUGCGUGGGAACCUUGAUUUGUUCCGUGCUGGUGGGCGGGCACACGGUGACGCUGCGGCGCGCAGCCCUGCAAGAAUCGGACCGGCGCUUGCACCUCGUGGAGCAGUACUUGGAUGGAAUUCGAGUACUGAAGAUGAACGGCUGGGCAGAGGCGGCGGAGGAGCGGCUGAGGUCGGUCAGGGCCCAGGAGCUGCGGCUGCAGCGCAAGGCCAUGAUGUGGAAGCUGGUGAACAGCAUGCUGGGCCUUGUGGCACCGUGCAUGGUGGGCUUCUGCAUGUUCACGACGUAUGCCGUGCUGGGCGGGGAGAUGACUGUGGAGGUGGUGUUCCCGGCCAUGGUGGUGCUGCGGGUGCUGCAGAUCAUGAUGAGUUUGUUGCCCAUAUCCUUCUCCGCCAUUGCCGAGUUCAACACGGCGUCGGCGCGCCUGCGGAGUUUCCUGGCGAUUGACGCUUGGGGCGAGGUAGAGGAAUUGAAGGGCCCGGCGGUGGAAACCGUGGGGGCAGCAGAGAAGGGCGCUGCCCCCGGCAGUGUCCUCCUAGAGGAGGCCAGCUUUCAGCGCGGGCAGGAGGGGCGGUGCUUCCGGCUGGGGCCGCUCAGCCUCUCGCUGGCGCCGGGGGAGCUCUGCGUGGUCUGCGGGCCCGUGGGCAGCGGCAAGAGCUCCCUCGUCAUGGGUAUGCUGGGGGAGCUGGGCGCGCCGGUCAGUGGCCGCGCAGAGGUCUGCGGAGGCAUGGCCUUGGCAGGGCAAGAGCCCUGGAUCCUGUCGGCGUCGCUGAAGAAGAACAUCCUCAGCUUUCGGGACUGCGAGGAGGGCUGCUACAAGCAGGCGCUGCAUCGAGCCCAGCUGCAGGCGGAUCUGGCCGCGCUGCCGGCGGGGGACGAGACGGAGAUCGGCUCCAAGGGUAUCAAUAUCUCCGGGGGGCAGAAGGCCCGGGUGGGCCUGGCGCGGGCGCUGCUCACCUCGAAGGAUGUGGUCUUCCUGGACGACGUGCUCUCCGCGGUGGACGUGCACGUGGCCCGGGGGAUUUUGAGGGCGCUGCUGGAGCUCAAGGAGACCACGCGGAUAGUGGUGGCCAAUACCUUCCUGCCACUGCUUCUGCCCCAUGCGCACAAGGUGGUGGUUUUGGGCGAGACGCCAGUGGUGGCCUCCGCGGCGGAGGCGGUGGCCACGUCGCCGUGGCUGCGGGAGGCGGUGGGGACCAUGGCUUCCACGGAGCUGGAGGAGUCGAAUCCCAAGGAGCAGCCUGGCCAGGCGCCGGCGCAGGCUGAAGCUCCUGCGGACGUGCAAAAACCUCAGGUGGAUGGGUCUUUGCUCAUCGCGGAGGACAGGAAUGUGGGAGUGCUGAGUUUCAACGCCUACGCCUCCUAUUUCAAGCACGCCAGCACGAGUGGCAGCUGGUGCGUGGGCGCGCUGCUGUUCUUGGUGGUGGUGCUGCUGGCGCUGCUCGCUGAGUCCUUCCGGACACUGACGGAGAUCUGGGUCACGGUUUGGACGGACCAGGAGGACACUCAGUCUCUGGGCUUUUGGAUCGCCGGCUUCGGCGCCGUCACCGCCAUGCUUUGUGUGGUGGGCCUGGUGCGGGCCGCGGUGUACGUGCGCCUCAUCGAGCGCAUUGGAGGUGGGAGCUUCACCUACAUGUGCUGCAAGGUGCUGAACGCGUCCGUGCCACUCUUCUUUGACGUGGUGCCCACGGGCAGGAUACUGAACAGAUUCUCCAAGGACCUGGAGGUGAUGGAUACCCAGCUGCCGGAGGUGAUGAACGAGUUUUUCACAUGCGUGGCCUUUGUAAUCUCCAGCAUCGUGAUGUGCACGCUGGUUUCUGUGUACGCGCUGCUGGGGCUGGUGCCUUUGUGCCUGGUCUUCGCCUACAUCCGCAGGUAUUACACCGCCAGCUUCCGGGAGCUGCAGCGUAUGGAAUCCAUCUCUAGGACCCCACUCUACGUGCUUUUCCAGGAGGUGCUCACAGGAUUAGUGCACAUCCGCGCGUAUGGCCUCCAAAGUCGAAUUCGCGAGGACUUCCUGGCGAAGCUGGAUGCCAACAACCGGAUGUUCUUCCACCUCCACUCGUUGGUUCCUUUUCUGGUUUUCCGGGUGAACUUCAUUGCAGCGGCCUUCAUCACCGUGAUGACGGGCUUGGUGAUCUUCUUCGGGCGUCAGCUGGACGCCGCCUUGACGGGCCUGGCGCUCUCCGCGUCGGCGGGGCUCAUUGGGCGACUGCAUCAGACGGUGAAGACCUCCGCGGACGUGGAGAGCUCCUUCACCUCGGUGGAGCGACUGCAACACUUUCACGGCAUCGAGCAGGAGAAGCAGGCGGAAGCUGAAGCUGAAGCCGGCGCAGACUGGCCGUUUGUGGGGAAGCUGGUCUUUGAAGAGGUACAGCUGCGGUAUCGCCCGCAUUUGCCGCUGGUGCUGCGCCAGAUCUCCUUCAACGUCCUCGGGGGCCAAAGGGUGGGCCUCAUCGGACGCACGGGCAGCGGCAAGAGCACCAUGAUGCUGGCGCUGCUGCGCCUGGUGGAGCUUUCCGGAGGCCGGAUCCUGCUGGAUGGGAAGGACCUCGCCCAGGUACCGCUGAAACUGCUGCGGGGCCAUGCGGUGGCGAUUAUCCCGCAGGACCCAUUCCUCUUCGCUGGCACCCUGCAAGAAAACCUGGACCCCUUUGGCCGGUAUAGCGAGCGGGAGCAGCUGGAGGCGUUGCGGCUUGCAGGCCUCGAUGUGGAGGAGGGCCUGAGCGCGCCCGUGCGGAGCCGCGGCUCUAACUUUUCCGUGGGCCAACGGCAGCUGCUUUGCUUUGCGCGCGCCAUGCUACGCAAGUCGCGGGUGGUCCUCUUGGACGAGGCGACAGCCAACAUCGACGCGCUCACGGAUGAGAAGCUGCAGCAGACGCUGCGGACCUGUUUCCAGGGCUCCACGCUGCUGGUCAUUGCGCAUCGCCUGUCCACAGUGGCGGACUCGGAUUUGUUGGUCUGCCUGGACCAUGGCUCCGCGGUGGAGGUGGGAAGCCCCCAGGAGCUGAGGAGCGCCAAUGGCCUCGUGGCCAAGAUGUUCACGGAUGCAGGCGAGCCGGCGGCUGAGCCUGCGGACACGAUGCUCAGCGUCUGAGUCCUGCGCGGGGGAUUUCUCAAACGGGAUGGUUGCGAAUUCCAUUUCGCUCCACCUAAGGUUCCCUGGAAUGAUGAGAUUCCCCAACGUAAAUACCAAC